UCCAUAAGAUUCCACACUAAUAUGGAACCCACAAACCAAACAGACAUUUCAGAAUUUCUUCUUAUGGGACUCAGAGAUGAUCCAGAGCUGCAGCCCCUCAUCUUCGUUCUCUUCCUGUCCAUCUAUCUGGUCACUAUCCUGGGAAACCUUCUUAUCAUCCUAGCUGUCAGCUCUGACUCACACCUCCAUACCCCCAUGUACUUUUUCCUCUCCAGUCUGUCCUUCACUGACAUCUGCAUAAGCACCACCACAAUCCCAAAGAUGCUGGUGAACAUCCAAGCCCAAACUCAGAGCAUCACAUACAUAGGAUGCCUCUCCCAGGUCUGUUUUGUCCUGAUUUUUGGUGGCUUAGAAAACUGUCUCCUUGCAGUGAUGGCCUAUGAUCGCUAUGUGGCAAUUUGUCAGCCUCUGAGGUACGUGGUCAUCAUGAACCCUCGCUUCUGUGUCCUGCUCAUUCUACUCUGCCUACUCAUUACUACUUUGAAUGCAUUACUCCACAGUCUGAUGAUGCUACGGUUGUCUUUUUGCACAGACAGAGAAAUCUCCCACUUCUUCUGUGAACUUGUUCAGGUCACCAGGCUCUCUUGUUCUGAUACCUUCAUUAAUAACAUCCUUGUGUAUUCGGGGACUAGUCUAUUUGCUGGUAUUCCUUUAUCAGGGAUUAUUUUCUCAUAUUCUCAAAUUGUCUCCUCUGUUUUGAGGAUCCCAACAGUCAGAGGGAGAUAUAAAGCCUUUUCUACCUGUGGUUCUCACCUCUCAGUGGUGACCUUGUUCUAUGGGACAGGUAUUGGAGUGUACAUGAGCUCUGAGGUUAGUGACUCCUCCACUGAAAAUGUUAUGGCUUCAAUUAUGUAUAUUGUGGUCCCUCAAAUGCUGAACCCUUUUGUCUACAGUUUAAGAAACAAGGAAAUGAAGGAGGCCUUGAGGCAUCUUAUUGUUGGGAUGCCUUAUUUUCUAUGA